AUGACUUCUAAAAUAGAAGAAUAUCGUCAAAGUCCUCGUAGACACACUGAUGUUCUCAGCCAAUCCUUUCGCAAGGCAAGUCUAAGUACAACUUUAGACACUCCUGAAAGCAGCAGAGAUGCCCCAUCUAAAUUAAAGGCAUUGCAAAGAGUAUUCCCACUUCAAAGAGUUCUAACAUUCAAAGAAGAUGAGCUUGACGACUUGGUGGUGACUGCAGAAAAAUUCGUCCCCCUCUCAAAGUCUCCAGAUUCCCCUAACCAAGCCAAAACAUUUCAAACUCAAUUACAGAAUGCUUCUCCUCCAGCAAAAGAAAACACCAAACAAACUUUUGUUUCUUCUAAAAAGUCACCUGUGAGGAAACGGCCUAAAACUGAGGAAAAAGAUUUAUCUACAGUUAAAGCAAGCCACUUAGAAGUAAUAAGAUGCUUAAAACGGUUCAGAAAUCUGCAAUUGCCCUUUCCAUUUGCAGAUCCUCUACCUCAAGCAGCAAUACGUAAGCCAUAGUCAGCCUAUUCAAGUAUGGAUGAAUCUCUUAAAAAGAGAAUUCGCGACAGAAAACGCCAAGUCGAGUAUUUAUUACCUCAAAAACCCAAAGAAAUGAGCAAUUUACUGAAAAAUUUAAAGGAGACAGAAAGAGUGCUAAGACAAGAACCUUAUUUUUUAAAGAAAUUAAGGGACUUAAAGCCUGAAAUUGAGCUUGAAAAAACAGACAAAGGAAAAAGAAAAGAUUUUUUAAGCAGAAGCUUUCAUGUCAGAAGAAAGAAUAAAGACGAAGGCUUUUCUUUAGAUGACAUAAGGCAUUUGAGCGUCCCAAAAUCAGGACUCAUCAUCAAUGACACUCUUUUUUCUAAUUGGCUUUAG